GGGGCCAAGUGUGUGGGCGUAGUCAAGCGUGGGGGCGGGGCCGGUGCCGCGGUCGGCUGCAGCGUUCUCUUAAGCUCUCGCGGCGGCGCUUCGGUCCCGGACCCGGGCCACCCACGGGGCAGUGGGUGCUCCUUGGCCCCGGACAUUGCAAGUCCCAGAAGGCAAGACUGACCCGGUGUUGCUCCUACCGGGGCUGACUUCGAGGCCCGGCUAUGGACGGCGAGAGCGAAGUGGAUUUUUCUAGCAACAGCAUAACCCCUUUGUGGCGGAGGCGGUCGAUUCCUCAGCCCCAGCUGCUGGGCCGGAGCAAGCCGAGGCCCCAGUCCUACCAGAGCCCCAACGGGUUGCUAAUUACAGAUUUUCCGGUGGAGGACCGAGGGACGCUCCCUGCAGCGCAGACUGUCGCCCGGGUGCCCACCGACUCGGACAGCGGGACGGUACAUAGGAGCCCCCUGCUUCUGGGAGCCCAGCGGAGAGCGGUGGCCAAUGGUGGGACGGCAUCCCCGGAGUACAGGGCUGCCUCUCCUCGACUUCGACGGCCCAAGUCACCCAAGCUCCCCAAAGCGGUGCCGGGAGGCUCCCCGAAAUCCCCAGCAAAUGGCCCGGUGACCUUGCCUGCGCCGCCGCCGCCGGUUCUGCGCUCUCCGCGGACUCCUAACGCGCCCGCCCCCUGCACCCCCGAAGAGGACCCGACUGGGUUGAAUGCCAGCCCGGUGCCUUCGCCCACUGCAAAUGGCCUUGCCGCUAAUAACGAUUCUCCUGGGUCGGGUUCACAGUCCGGCCAGAAGGCUAAGGAGCCCGAACGGGGGCUCUCUCCUGCGCCCCAGAAAAGUUCUUCAGAACAAAAACUUCCCCUCCAAAGGCUCCCCUCCCAGGAGAACGAGCUCCUCGAGAAUCCUUCCGUGGUUUUGAGUACAAACAGCCCCGCCGCCCUCAAAGUGGGGAAGCAGCAGAUCAUUCCGAAGAGUCUGGCCUCGGAAAUUAAAAUAAGUAAAUCCAACAAUCAGAAUGUGGAGCCCCACAAGAGACUCCUCAAGGUGCGCAGCAUGGUGGAGGGCCUAGGAGGACCUCUGGGUCACGCAGGGGAGGAGAGUGAGUUCGAUAACGACGUGGAUAGCCCAGGGUCUCUGCGGAGAGGCUUGCGGUCCACGUCUUAUCGCAGGGCAGUGGUCAGUGGCUUUGAUUUUGACAGUCCUACCAGUUCGAAGAAGAAGAACAGAAUGUCCCAGCCUGUUCUGAAAGCAGUGAUGGAAGACAAGGAGAAGUUUUCCAGUCUGGGAAGGAUAAAGAAAAAAAUGCUGAAAGGACAAGGAACGUUUGAUGGGGAAGAAAAUGCUGUCCUGUAUCAAAACUACAAGGAAAAGGCCCUUGACAUUGAUUCUGAUGAAGAGUCGGAGCCCAAAGAACAGAAGUCAGAUGAAAAAAUUGUGAUUCACCAUAAGCCAUUGAGAUCCACAUGGAGCCAGCUCUCUGCAGUGAAAAGAAAUGGAUUAUCUCAGACAGUAAGCCAAGAGGAAAGAAAGAGACAAGAGGCUAUCUUUGAAGUCAUAUCCUCUGAACAUUCAUAUCUACUCAGCUUGGAGAUCUUGAUACGAAUGUUUAAAAAUUCUAAAGAACUGAGUGAUACAAUGACUAAAACCGAGAGGCACCAUCUUUUCUCCAAUAUUACAGACGUCUGUGAGGCAAGCAAAAAGUUCUUUAUAGAGUUGGAAGCAAGACAUCAGAAUAAUAUCUUCAUAGAUGAUAUAAGUGACAUCGUGGAAAAACACACAGCAUCCACAUUUGACCCAUAUGUGAAAUACUGCACAAAUGAAGUCUACCAACAACGAACACUACAAAAAUUGUUAGCUACCAAUCCAUCCUUUAAGGAAGUAUUGUCAAGGAUUGAGUCCCAUGAAGACUGUAGGAACUUACCCAUGAUCUCUUUUCUCAUUCUCCCCAUGCAGAGGGUGACCCGCCUUCCCCUGCUGAUGGAUACUAUCUGUCAAAAAACACCUAAGGACUCUCCGAAGUAUGAAGUCUGCAAAAGAGCCUUGAAGGAAGUAAGCAAGUUGGUUCGACUGUGCAAUGAGGGCGCCCGGAAGAUGGAAAGGACUGAGAUGAUGUACACAAUUAACUCCCAGCUGGAAUUUAAAAUUAAGCCUUUUCCUUUAGUCUCCUCUUCCCGGUGGUUGGUAAAAAGAGGUGAAUUGACAGCCUAUGUAGAAGACACUGUGCUUUUCUCAAGAAGGACAUCCAAACAGCAAGUCUACUUCUUUCUCUUUAAUGACGUGCUCAUUAUCACCAAGAAGAAGAGUGAAGAAAGUUAUAACGUCAAUGAUUAUUCCUUAAGAGAUCAGCUCUUGGUGGAAUCUUGUGACAAUGAAGAGCUUAAUUCUUCUCCAGGGAAGAACAGUUCCACAAUGCUCUAUUCAAGACAGAGCUCUGCCAGUCACCUCUUUACUCUGACAGUCCUUAGUAACCAUGCGAAUGAGAAAGUGGAAAUGCUGCUAGGAGCUGAGACGCAGAGCGAGCGAGCCCGCUGGAUAACUGCCCUGGGACACAGCAGCGGGAAGCCGCCUGCAGACCGAACCUCACUGACGCAGGUGGAAAUCAUUAGGUCAUUUACUGCCAAGCAGCCAGAUGAACUCUCCCUGCAGGUGGCUGACGUCGUCCUCAUCUACCAACGUGUCAGCGAUGGCUGGUAUGAGGGGGAACGACUGCGAGAUGGAGAAAGAGGCUGGUUUCCUAUGGAAUGUGCCAAGGAGAUAACAUGUCAAGCUACAAUUGAUAAGAAUGUGGAGAGAAUGGGACGCUUGCUAGGACUGGAGACCAACGUGUAGUCUCUCAGAUCGUCUUUUGUUACUGCAAGAUUUGCACGACACUUACCGGGCUGAUUGAUUCUGGGCUAGUUUUAUUGUUAAUUUUAUCACAGCCUAUUUAAUUAAAAGAAUGAAAACCCUUGCCUUUAAGCUGGCCAGGUUGUUCCGCUCUCUCAUGAGAAGAACUUGGAUACAGUGAGUUUGCACAGCUCAGUUUUUACCUAACCACACACCUGCAGACCUCCUGAGGUACACAGACUAGCUGAGCAGUUCACUUCAGGGAUCAGGUCAUCUCUGCUCCUCCUGGUUUCACCAUGUUCUGGCAAUAAAAAGCACGUAUUAUAUCCUGGUUUUCUCCGUCCUUGCUUUACUAAGGUUACUGUCUCUUUAAACAUCCUUGUAUGGUUCUCCCCGUAUUAGCAAGAUUUUAUAUCUGUAAAGAAUGUCCAGUUUUGUAAAUAUUUCCCUGCUUUUUUUUUUUUUUUUUUCUUUUUUUACAUCUGAUUCUAAUACUUUGUUAACUUCAAAAGGAACUGGUAGAGUUCAGAAGAUGAGCUGUUCUGUUUUUCUAAACCUCUUCCCAGGAAAGGGACAUCGACACUUGAAUUUUUGUCACCUUUUUCCUCACUAGAAGGAAAGUAGAAAGCCUCACUUUAGGAUUUUUUUAAAAAAAUCCAUCUCACCCCAUGUUAGUCUUAAAUAAGUAUAGACUAAUUAACCUAAGCUACCUUUAACAAUGUAGAAUUUAGAUGGUUUCACAUAUGUGAGAAAAUCCUGAAUAUAGGACAGGGGUCCUGCUUUUUUUCCCCCACCUCUGCCACCCUGGCUAGAGUGUAGUGGUGUGAUCUUGGCCCACUGCAACCUCUGCUUUCUGGGUUCAAGUGAUUCUCCUGCCUCAGCCUCCCAAGUAGCUGGGAUUGUAAGAGUAUGCCACCACGCCCAGCUAAUUUUUGUAUUUUUAGUAGAGACAGGGUUUCACCAUGUGGGCCAGGAUGGUCUCUAACUCCUGCCCUGAAGUGAUCCACCUGCCUCUGCCUCCCAAAGUGCUGGGAUUACAGGCGUGAGCCACUGUGCCCAACCCACUUUCUAA